ACAAACAUUUUGAAUGGGGAAGUUUGUGGCGCGGACGCGAGGAUUACAGCAGUGCGCUGAACGGGGAACAUAUGCGCUCUCAGCAGCAAAACUCCAGCCGAAUCCGACCUCGCGCCGACUCCUAUGUGGAAAUAAGUGACUCCCGCGCUGUGCUUUCCUACUUCGGCUUCGACAUCUCUGUCACUUGAUCCCGAAAUGGAUGUUAUUCCCAUGUGCAGCAUCUUCCAGGAGCUCCAGACCGUCCACGACACGGGCUACUUCUCUGCGCUGCCCUCGCUGGAGGAGAACUGGCAGCAGACAUGCCUGGAGCUUGAGCGCUAUUUGCAGAGAGAGCCAUACGUGUCCCCAGCUGACUUGAGGUCAGUGUGUGGGUCAGAGGAUCUGUGGACGCAGCUGAUGCGGUGCUGCGGGGAGGCCGGCGCUGCGGUGACCCAGCCAAGAACCUCUCUCCCAGGGAAUAACCAGAACCAGUCCAGCCUGGCGGCUCUGGAGCUCCGUGGCUGUGGUUCAGAUACAGGCAGUGACGGUUCAGACAGCGGGGAAGAGCUCUCGCCCUCUGCGGACCUCCUGUCUCACCCCCUCAGCCACAUCAUGACUGACCUCGACCCCCUGAACACACACACGCACUCCCCACAGCCCCAGUCACCUGAAAUGGUCAUGGAAUCGGCGCCAGAGGCCAUUUUAUCCAUUUCUCUUGGACACAGGACAAAGGGGGUCACGGGGGAUGAAGAGAGGUCAGGAGUAGGAGAGGAAAAAGGUGAAGGGUCAGCAGAGGGCAGGAGGAGAGUUCAUCACUGUCAUUUUAACGGCUGCAGGAAAGUGUACACAAAGAGUUCACAUCUGAAAGCACACCAGCGCACGCAUACAGGUGAGAAGCCAUACAGGUGUUCUUGGGACGGCUGCGAGUGGCGAUUUGCUCGGAGCGAUGAGCUCACUCGACACUUCAGAAAACACACGGGGGCAAAGCCCUUCAAAUGCAGCCACUGCGACAGAUGCUUCUCUCGUUCUGACCAUCUGGCUCUGCACAUGAAGAGACACGUCUGAAAGAGAGAGAAGGAUGGAGAAAGACUGAAAGCUGUCUGUGAAGGACAGUGAGAAAGAUAAUAUCUGUGGUUCUGUGGAAGAAUGGCUGUGGCUUUUUGUCUGUGCUGUGUGGCAGGAAGUUGAAUGAGAAUGUGUGGGAGUGUGGCACACACAUAAAGAGCAGAGCUGAGACCCAGCGGCAAGGCGCCUCCAGUGGACACAGGUGGAAGUGCAUUCCAGAAAAAGAGUGUGCAAGAGUGUUAGUGUUAAUCAGGUAUUUAGUGCAGCUAUUAAAUGUGCAAUGUGCGUUUGUGUGUUUGUUGGUUUUAUAGCCACAAACCUGUUUUGUAAAAGCUCAUAUAAGUUCUAUAAUAUCAGCAUUCUCUGUUGCUACAGUUUCGUGUGUGUGUGUGUGCGCGUGCGCGUGCAGAUGGCGUAGCUGGUUUACUGUGCAGCUGUGUUGUUGUGAGUGCACUUUACUGAAGCCCUGCUUUACAAAUUCUCCCUGAGUAGAAGUCCAGUUGUAAAAGAUAUAGUAAACAACUUAUAAGUUAUAGUUAUGUAACUUACUGGGUAAAUGUCACAAGUAAGAGGUGUGAAUAAUUGCAAAGCAGUACUGAUACUGCUGCCAACAUAACAUAAUGAUAUUAAAUCCAAAAUGUAAUUAGAAACUAAAUUUAAUGACUAAAAUGUAACUGAGAAAGUAAACUGCUUUCCUCACAAUUACACUACAGUAGGAGUAAAAUAUCAUUUUAAAUUCCUCAGGAAAUUACAAACAUCUUAAUGCAUACUUACAACAAUUCCAAAAUGACAAAUAUUAGAUAUAUCAACUAGAUUUAAGAUAAUUUCACUUCACAAAAUAUCUUUUUUUUUUUCCCCACCCAUCAAAUUUUUUCUUGAGUUUGGGUAACUGAGUAAAUAUAACUAGUUAGUAACUGCCUCUGCUGGUCAGGCCAUAGCACACUGACCCACCAUUCACCAACAAACACAUACUGAUGGCACUUAUCUUCACAAAUUCUGAUGAUGCCUGUAGGUACUUGGUUACGGAGGUUAUAAUGUUGAUAAUGCAUACAUUGAGCAUGCUGGCACUCGCUCUUUCCGUCUCCCCCUUUCUUCAUUAUGACUUGUAUUUCUCAUUUCAAGCUAACAGUGGUAUAAGGAAAGUAAUGUCAAGGUAUUAAUAGGACGUACAAUCCACAAAAGUGUGUUUCACCUUAAACCACUGAUUCUGGACGUCAGUAAUCACCUUAAAAGUUAACGUUAAUACAAUGGUGGUACAUUCUUUCCGUUUCCUAGCACUGAAACAACCUUGCUGGUAGAACAAUGCGCCAAAGUGCCUCUUCUCUUUUUGUAAUUCAGGCCUGUUGAUGUAAAACUGCCAAAAUAAAAACCCAAAGCUAUUUUCUUAAUCUUUAUUGCAACUUUAAACACAGCACUUUUUUGUUUUAGUUUACAUUUUAGUUUGACUCGCACUGUACCGUGGUUUUCAGGCUGCAUAUAAGAACCCAGAGGUCCUAGAUGUGCAGGUUUUUACAAAUAUCAGAUCUUCACGUAUUCCAGAAUAAGAACUAACUGAAUGAACCCGAAGAGAAUAUUCUUGAAACAGUGUGAAUGAUGGAGAAUAUUGUAGAUCAGUGUGAGUGAUGGAGAGCUAGGGCAGUGCAGAGAACAUUCCAGAGCAGUGUGAAUAUUGGAGAACUGAAAUUGUGCAAAUGAGGCAGUUAUUUAGGACAGUGUGAAUGGUGGAGAACAUUCUAGAACGGUGUGAAUGGUGGAGAACAUUCUAGAACGGUGUGAAUGGUGGAGAACAUUCUAGAACGGUGUGAAUGGUGGAGAACAUUCUAGAACGGUGUGAAUGGUGGAGAACAUUCUAGAACGGUGUGAAUGGUGGAGAACAUUCUAGAACGGUGUGAAUGGUGGAGAACAUUCUACAACAGUGUGAAUGGUGGAGAACAUUCUACAACAGUGUGAAUGGUGGAGAACAUUCUACAACAGUGUGAAUGGUGGAGAACAUUCUGCAGAAUCCCAACAAUCACACACAAGUGUGGCACACCAACCCACCAUCUGCCGCUGGGGAGAACAUUGGGUCAGGUGCUCUGGAACUUAGCUUUAUUUAGAAUGCUAAUCAUUCUGGAUUGCUCAUCAGAUGUGCAUUGGCUGUUGAAAGGCAGCGCUCAGUGGGAGCGAAGUGUCACCCAACAUGACGUUGUAUAUAAAAAUUUAUUUUGUUGUAACCACUAUUGCUGGGAGAGAAACAUUGCUGAGUCCCAGUGACAGAGUCUCUUAUAAAGCAUGAUUUUGGUUGUUUGCUAUUUGAGUUUAUGUUCUGUUCAUUUUUAAUGCUGUAAAGUGAUAGUGCCUUAAGAUCGAGGCCUUGGCCUACAGAGAAAUCAGGAAUCAAUAGCCAAAUGAAACCAUUUUGCCUGGUAGAUCAGGUCCAAAAAUGCUCAUUUGUUUUGAUAAUGAGUGUGAAAGCAUUUUGGUGAUGAACAACGUUAUCAAGGGAAACAUAAAUAUUGCAGCCUAUGUGAGAAUUUGUCUCGGAGGCAUGUUUUAGAAAGGAAGAAAAUUUAGACAUUUCCAUUUUUUCCCUCCAUUUAAUACAAAUACAUACAAGAAAAAUAUCUAAAGUGAAUGGUUUUUGGACCUGACCUACUAGACUUAGGAGCUUCAUUGAUUAUUAUUAUAAUUUUAGUCAUAUUCACAUUCAUGCCAAACAAAUUUCUGCUCUGGUCUCAAAAGACUAAUUAAAUCUGUAUUUCACUGAUUUCUGAGAUGUAAAGUCAUUCAGAGUGAUUUUGUGCGAAAUUGUUCACUAGUGAAACUUACUGGGGUUUUUUUUUCUUUUUUUCUUUUUCAGUGGUUAUAUGAACCAGAGGGCAGACAAUUUGUUUAUUAUCCAAAAUUAAUUUUUGUUGUAUGUAAUGUUGAUGAUGGUAAAAUAGUGAUAAAUUUAAAAACAAAGUUUUUUGGGGGGAAUAUUUUGCCUUAUAGCAUCCUGCUUGGACCUCUCAACCGUAAAAUAGAUUUACAAAAACAUGAUUUAGACCAAAAUCUUAUGUCAAAACUAUUGUCAAACAAUGUAUUAGCUAACUAUAAUGUAGCUUCUAGAGAUGUUAAAUGCUUUGACAUCUGGUUCCUAUCAUCACCACUGUGAAUUGAGUUGGUAAGUUUGAAUGGAGCAUUUCACAUCAAGCCGCUCUGAUUUAGUUUAUAUCUUAACCAUUUAAUUAUUCAGUUAUGCAAUGUUCAUCAGUGAAAUCAUAGAUUAACCACAGUUAUCACAACUAGAUUGGCAGUCUGAGUGCAGAUUUGCAACUGCAUCUAGUUUUUCAUUCCAUUUCAUCCAUUACAGCAAGUGGAAUGCUUUCAAAUACAUAUGGAAAAGAAGUCUCAUUUGAUCAUCAAGCUCACAUAUAUUAUGUGAAUAUGUGCUUCUGGAGCACUUGGACCAAUGAAUUUGCACUGUGUAGCACUAAUAAAGAGGGAUUUGUGAUAUAAUGGUACACAUUUUAAUCUCUAAGAAAAGUUAUUUAAAAAAAUAAGCGGAAAAAAAGGUAAUCCCUGAUUCUUACAGUGAUGAUACCAAGGCACAUCCCCACCUGCUGACAGACCAAGUGGGGUCCAGGUGUGAGUGCAUAGAUGUAGAGGUUUCACUGUGGUCCUUCAUACUUUUUGAUCAUCAGAACAGUUUCUUUUUUCUAUUUAAACCACUGCACAGUGUCUGAUGGUCAAAAAGCUGUGAAUCCUUGAUUACAGCACUGGGAGUUUGAUGGAACUAAUAUGAAAUAAUGUGCUGGUGUUCUGGAUUAAGCCUAAUAUUGGUUUGUUUUACACAAUUAAAUGGGAUUCACUUUUGAAAAUCCUUUAAAAUAAAGUGUCGUGCUAGAUUUAUUCCACAUCAGGGAAGUCACCAGUAUGUGUUAUGAGUAUAUGUACAUUGUGAAAAGAGUUUGUAAAGAUGCAACUGUUAUGCAAAGUAAAAGAAUAAAAAAAAAAUUUCACACA